AAUGGCUACUUUGCCAUUCAUUUGUACAGCGCUAUAAACUCUUCUGGCAGGCUUCCUUAACUAUGAGCAUGGCUAAUUCGUGCUGCUCUUUCAUUUGCCUGGACCCAGGGAUACAAAGGAAGCAAAAAGUCCUCGGAUAGAGAACCAGUGAAGCGGCCGAAGUGAACACAGUCUUGUCUUGUUACUCCUAUAAUUAUUGCUAUCGCUACUUUUCUGCUUACUACUGCUAUAACUUUACUCCUUUUCUGCCUUGUGCUGUAUGAAAGAAGCUGUGGAAGAAGCAACUUUACUGCUGUAAACAAAUGAGGCUCAUUAAUUUUUGCCAUACGGAAGUAAUUAUGACGUCAAAAGUGACGUCACUGAAACCGCUCUAUCUAUAAGACGUAACUUACUUAGACGUAUUCAUGACGUCACCAUCCCGAUCCAUCGAGAAUAAACUGAAUAGAUCAAAGAUGGAGGAGAAAGGUAUUUCACUGUUCACUUUUCUCAAGGGUGAGAUAACCAGAGGUUAUCACUUUCAGGAAAAUAAAGAACUCUAUUCAGAGAAACAAAACCGAGUACUAACCUUUAUGAGAACGCCACGGGAACUGGAGAAAUUGAUGUUUUUUGGAGUCAUGAUCAUGUUUGAUUCUUUCCUCCUCAUAUUCUCGUUCCUCCCAAUACGAGUCGCUUGGGCGUGUCUAGUACUUGUUUUUCAAUUCCUGACAUGUAGAAGGUUAACAGUUCUACCAACACACAAAUGGGAUAUUGCUAGAGGUCUAAUGCUGGUGGUAUGUGUGGUUGGUAUGGGUUAUGUGGAUACCUCUCAAGUGUAUCAUCUAGUCCGUGGUCAAAGCGUUAUUAAACUAUAUGUCAUUUAUAAUAUGCUAGAUAUUUUCGAUCGUUUGGCUGCCUCUAUUGGUCAAGACGUACUGGAUUCUUUUUAUUGGGUUUUAUCGGAGAAGACCCAAAGAAAGAGAGACGUACUCUCAGUUCUGUUCUAUGGCAUAAUUGGUACCGCCUAUAUUUUCAUUCAUGCUGUGUUGGUCUUAUGCCAGGCAGUGACUCUUAAUGUAGCCAUCAACUCACACAACAAGGCAUUGCUCACUGUACUGGUUUCUAAUCAGUUUGUUGAACUCAAGGGAAACGUUUUUAGGAAAUUCGACGUGAAUAAUUUAUUCCAGAUGUCAUCAAGUGACAUUAGGGAAAGGUUCCAUUACCUUAUCCUUCUCUCUAUUGUAAUGAUGAGAAAUUUAGCACAAUUUCAAUGGAAUUUAGAUCACUUACAUACCUUACUUCCCCUCAUUGUCAUAAUAUUUGUAUCUGAAGUCUUUAUCGACUGGAUUAAGCAUGGCUUCAUUACAAAGUUCAAUUCGAUAUCGCCUUUUGUGUAUCGGAAAUAUGCUGUCAUCUUGGCCAGGGAUUUAACAAAUAGCCAGAAUAAAUUGUCUCAUUCUCAAUAUUCCGAUCUUGUGUCCCGGCGUAUGGGUUUCACUCCACUACCACUAACCUGCCUCCUUCUACAGACACUCCUCACUUUCAUUACUUUCCCAGGAUUCUAUGGAAAGCUAUUACUAGCAAUAACCUUUGCUUGUUUAGUAUCCUUGAAGACAUUAAUGGGGAUAUUGUUACUGGGAGUAGCUUGUGGUCAGAGGAGCCAAGAGAAGGAGGAGGAGAAAGAGGAAGAAGGGAAGGAAGGGACACCAACCACAAGCAGAACUGUUAGUAAUAUCGGUUUACUUAGCACAGAAGGAGGAGAUGAGAAUAGAACAACCACUACUGAUUUAUCAAAGAUUGAGAGAUACAGUUUAUGCAGUAACAGAAUUGUUUGAUUAAUAACCAAUGGUUCCAAAUAUUUACUACCAGACCAGUGUAGUUCAAGAUCACGAAUUACUUUCAUCUGCACCCGAUAAUUU